AUGGCGCCCUCCACAUCUCCCGGUGUCCCCACGCUGCCGCCGUCCGUCGAGGAGGCCUACCGCCGGAAAUGCGUCUUUCUCAAGCAGCGCAUGGCCGACGUCGAGGAGGCAAACGAUGCGGUCCGCGUACGUCUGGCACGCCUGAAGCGCCAGGUCGAGAAACAGCGCCUCGAGCGCGCAUUCCUCCUCGAGCAGCUGGCCAAGCGCACCAGCACCAACGUCGAAGACUCUGACGGCAGCCCGAGCCCACCAGCCACUCCUAAGGACAAGCCGCUGCGUACCAAGCGUGGCCACAGGAAGUCGUCUGUGGCCGACGGCAGUGGUGCCCCCGGCUCGACGUUUAUCAGCCAAAACCUCGACCCCUUGUCACCCAGCUCCGACGUGUUUGGCAAGGGCGACAGCCAGACCCAGCCGACACAAAGCACUCCGGGCGCCUCGCAGCGGCGCGGCGGCCGCAGACCCAAGGCCACCAAGGAGGCCGACGAUGUCGCGAGCGUCGGCGGCAAGGGCAAGGGCGGCGACGACAAGGAGGACGGGGCAGCAGGCAGCGGCUCUGCAGCGAGCCUGAAACGCCCCGGCAACGCCUUUGAGCUCUACUGCGACGAGAUGCGGCCGACGCUCGCUGAGAAGCGCAAGGCCAACAAGCAAAACAAAAAGAAGUCUGGCGAGGAUGGCGACGACGUGGACAUGGAGGACGCCGAUGCCGAAGAGGAGGAGGAGGAGGAAGACGAGGCGGCCGCCGAGUCCGCCAUUGACGCCGAGCUGGCGCGCGGCUGGACCGAGAUGGAGCAGGCGGAGAAGGACGAGUUCGAGACCCGCGCCGCCGAGGAGCAGGCCAAGUACAAGAAGGCCAAGGAGGAGGCGCGGCAGCUGAAAGAGAAGAGCAAGGAGGACAAGGACGAGAAUGAUGGCAAAGAAGCCGGAGACGAGGUGGACGUGGGGGACAAGGACGGUGGCAAGGAGGCCGCCGAGAAAGCGACGGCCAACGACGACAAGGCUGAUCAGGAGGUUGGCGACGACACCGGUGACAAGGCAGAAAACGAGGACACCAAAUCGGCUGCCAAGGAGGUUGAGGAUACAGAGAUGGCCGACCCAGAAAGCGUCGCGGUCGCUACAUCGAGUGCUGACAAAGACGAGUAA